UCAAAUUUCGCGCGCAUUUCUGCACUCUUCUCAUUUUCGCUCUUGAGCAGCUUAUCUCAUCGGCCUUGGCCCGUCGGUUCCCUUUCUCUGUUAGCAUUUGGCGAGCGGUUCUAUUGGGCGCAGUCGAGGACGCAUUUCAGGGUCUACUAUUCACACCGCAUUUCUGAUAGUCCUGAGUAAGGAGGAGGAGUCAGCCCAACGCAGGAAACAAACGGCUCCUGGAAGUAACAACAACAGCAGCAGCAACAGCAGGGCUUCACGCGUAUACAGAAUCGAUUUCUGUCGGAGCUCUCACACACUGCCACCUAUACCUGGGUCCAGCAAUACCAGGCUUGGGCGAUGUCGGCAUCAAUCGCGCCGCAGUACCAGCGGCAUGCCCCUACCAGGACAUACACAAAUGCUGCGACAUAUACAUGCAGCGAUGGCGUGUCAGUGCCAGCUGUGUUUGUAAGCAACAAAAACCCGUCGGUGAAGUACCGCGUUCUGGGGAUGCUAGGACGGGGUGCAUUUGGACGGUGUUACAAAGUGCAGCAGCUGAAUGACCCAGCCCAUUCUGUGUGGGCAUGCAAGUCAAUCGACAAGAGCGGAUUCAACAGCAGGAAGCUGCUGGAUCGGGUCAAGUACGAAAUCAAGGUGAUGAGACGGUUGCCACAGCACGAGAAUGUGGUCCAGCUGCACCGUAUAUUUCAAGACGACGAGCGGGUGUUUAUUACAAUGGAGCUAUGUACACCGCGCACGGUCCACGACCUUUUGCAGAAGCGCAAGCGGCUGACAGAGUUCGAGUCGCGGUAUUUCAUUGGGCAGGUCGCCAGCGGGCUUGCGGCGCUGCACAGGGUGUGUAUCAUCCACCGCGAUAUCAAGCACAGCAACCUGCUUUUAGACAGCAGAAAUCGCGUAAAGAUUGCCGAUUUUGGACUUUCAACGAUCCUGGAUGUUGAGACCGACCGCAAAAAGUCGUUCCUGGGCACACCAAAUUUUCUGGCACCCGAGCUGGUAUCGCGCGACGAGAGGGGGCACAGUUUUGGAGUCGACGUGUGGGCAACGGGAGUGCUGCUGUAUAUUAUGUUGUAUGGGCGGCCGCCAUUCAGCUCGCCCAACAGCGCAGUGAAAACCGGCUUGGAGGUUUUGUACGGGCGCAUAGUAACUAACGAUGUUGUAUUUCCGACGCAGCCGCCUACGUCGUAUGCAGCCAAGAAGAUGGUCGAGAAGCUGUGCUGUAAGCGUGAGGACGAGCGGAUCGAGGCCAGCGAGAUCUUUUACGAAGACUGGUUCUUGGCGAACGGGGAUUCAGCAAUGCCAGGGUUUAUGCCAGACUCGAUAUUCCACACGCCGAUACGAAGUAUCAGCGACUACCGGGAUCUGGUGGCGGGGAUUGAGGGCGCGGUGAAACCAGCGUCGCGCAUUGCAGCGACGCUGAAUCCAAGAGUGCCUGUGAGCAAACAUACAGAGGGUGUGGCUCGGCGCAGCCGUGUGCGGCAGCCGCUGGAGCCGAUCAUUGAGCAUGAGAACCAGGUGCGGCGGACCACAGGCGAGCCACCGAAGCCGAUACUGCGCAGUGCUAGGCCAGUGGUGUCAUCGGUUGAUACGUCGGCGUCAACGACCAGGGUCAGCACCGAGACACUGCAUCUGAGUGAGCGGGUUGCUCGGAUACGCAUGCUGUCCAAUCAGCAGGCAAAUGCAAAGGAUGCGGGUGGUGCAACAGUAGCACCACCGCCUGCAACCACCAGCCGGUAUGCUCUACGAUCCAAGGGCGCCGAGGAGAUACCGGCUAGGGAAGUUCCACGGAGCGUGCGCUGGUCAGAUUCACCGCGGGCGGGGGCGCACUCGCCCAGGGCGCCCGAGGCACGAUUGCCGCAAGCGGAAGACGCUGCGCUCGAGCCCACGGUGCAGGCAGAGUUUGGGCAGGUGACGAAGCUGUCGGAGGAGUACCUGCCGUCGCUGCAGCACUGGCACGACCGACUGCAGAAAUUCCGGAGCACGGCCAGGCGGUACCAGCAGCUGUCAGGGCGCGAAUACGAGGCGUGGCUGGCGCGCACGUCGUGGGCGGAUGAGCCCGAGGCCAGGUAUCCGCGCGUGGGCAUGUACGUGUUAAACUGGAUGAUGCUGGUCCGGUACGGGCUUGGGUUCCGGAUGAGCGACGGAACAAUCGGCACGCUGUUCAAUGACAACACGUCGCUGCUGCACAUGAGCAAUGCAGACGGGUAUGCGUACGUGCGGCCAUUCCAGGACCGGUCGUGCGUGGGGUACUAUGCGGCGGACGCAUUCCCGGCAGAGCUGGACAAGAAGCGGCGGGUGGUGAAGGGGUUUGGACACAAGAUCGUGCGGGACCUUUUGUACAACGUGGAUGCUGAGAUAUACCCGGUGCCGGAGCACGACGAUGUUGUGCGGUGCAUGCUGCAGGCGCUGGCGACGACCGCCGGCAUGAUGUUUUUGCUGACAGGCGGCGUGAUACAGUUCAGUCUGUGCAACCACGCGAAGCUGUUUUUGUACGAGGACUCGCAUAUCUUUUACAAGGACUCGGAUGGACGCAAGUGGCAUUUCAAUCUGGCGGAUGGGCCGGCGCGGCUGGUGCGCGAUGCCGAGAUUGAUGUGGACAAGUUCUUGCUGUGUCUGGAGUAUGCGCAGAAGGUGCUGGCGUCGGACAAGUUUUCUGGGCACAGGGCGAGGUAG